AUGUUGUCCCCCUCGACCGGCUCAGUCAAGACAUUGCCUGACUCAUACGUGUGGCCUGAAUAUUAUGAGGUCUACUCUGGUAGUGACCAGCCAUCUAUUCCGGUUAUCGACCUCAUGGAUCCAAAUGCCACAGAACUCAUUAUCCAGGCAUGUGAAACAUGGGGAAUUUUCCAGUUGAUAGGUCAUGGGAUUCCUAGAAAGCUUGUGGAGGAUGUAGAAUCUGAGGUUCAUAGUUUGUUUGCUCUCCCAGCUGACCAAAAAUUGAAGACAUUGCGGACUUCGGGCGGGGCUAGUAGCGGAUACGGUAACCCGCCGUCGCAGGCCUUGCUUCCCCGGAAACUGUGGUAUGAAGGGUUUACCAUCAUGGGGUCUCCAGUUGAUCAGGCUAGGGUGCUUUGGCCUCAUGACUAUCAAGGGUUUCGUAAUACAAUGAAUGGUUAUCAGAAGCAAGUAAAGGCCUUAGUAGAGCAACUAAUCCGCAUCAUCUUCAAAUUCUUAAGCAUUUCUAAAGAAGAAGUGAAUUGGUUUGAUGAUCCAAGUAAUACGUGCAAUGCUGCUUUACAGCUAAAUUCUCAUCCUCCUUGCCCUGACCCGACUCGAGCUGUAGGUCUAGCACCACACACUGACAGUUCCUUAUUUACCAUACUGCACUCCUGGAUCGAGGGUCUCCAAAUCUUUAAAGACGGAGUUGGGUGGAUUACGGUACAGCCCAUUCCUGAUGCACUGACCAUGAACCUUGGUGAUUUCCUCCAUAUUCUGUCCAAUGGUCGAUUUGUUAGUGUUCUUCAUCGUGCGGCGGUGAACCAAAAGUACCAUCGGAUCUCAGUCGCCUACAUCCGUUCGCCUCCAACAAACUUUAUCGUCUCCCCGCUCCUCUCUAAGACCUUUGCUGACUCCGGACAAGUUCCUAAGUAUCAUCCCGUCACAUUGAAGGAGUGUCGUGGUCUAAAGGCUAAGCAUUUUCAAGCGGCUCUUUCUUUUGUUAAAACUUAA